AUGGAUAUUCACCGAUGUCGCUUUGUCACAUACCCCCCUUCCGCUAUCAAUGCGAUCGCCUUUUCUUACCCGACCGUCACUAAAUCUCAAAGAGCAGCACCGGUGCGGUUAGCGAUCGGUCGCGCGAAUGGUGAUAUCGAAAUUUGGAAUCCCUUGAACGGUAUAUGGCACCAGGAGACUACUCUGCAUGGAGGAAAAGAUAGAAGUAUAGAUGGUCUAGUAUGGGUUACGGAGCCUGACCAAAUUCUACACGAUGGCACCAAACUUGUUGGAAAGUCGAGACUGUUCAGCAUCGGUUACACCAGUACUGUGACCGAAUGGGAUCUCGAAAAAGGGCAGCCCAGGAAACAGGCUAGCGGUAUGCAUGGUGAUAUAUGGUGCCUUGCUGCUCAACCAUUUGUUGCGCACGGAAAACACGGCGAGAAAUCUGCAAAUGGUGUUGUGCAGAGUGGGAAGAAGUUGGUAGCUGGGACAAUGGAUGGUAGCCUCGUUCUAUACUCAGUUGACGACGACGAUCUGCGAUUCGAUAGAAUACUUGUUAGGUCCUCAUCCAAGAAGACUAAGAUGGUUAGCAUGGCAUUCCAGAAUCGUAAUGUUGUCGUUGUAGGAUGUUCCGAUAGCGCCAUCCGAGUUUACGACAUGCGCAACGGCAAUAUCUUACGCAAGAUGACACUGGGAUCUGAUCUUUCUGGAGGGGCUAAGGAAAUCAUUGUUUGGUCUGUUAAAUGCAUCAAUGGACGCGACAUCGUAUCGGGCGACUCUACUGGCCAGGUUUGUAUAUGGGAUGGGAAGACGUAUACCCAGGCACAGAGACUACAGACUCACAACCAGGAUGUCCUCUCUCUUGCAAUUAGCGCCGACGGUUCCACUAUUGUCAGUGGUGGAAUGGACCGCAGGACUGUUCUUUAUAGGAAGACCUCUGGCUCGACAGCAAGAUGGGGUAAGAUUUGGCAUAGGAGAUACCACAGCCAUGACGUCAAGACGAUGGCAUCUUUCGAGGGGCACGGAAUGAGUGUUGUUGUUUCGGGAGGCCCGGAUGCUAGUCCGAUCGUCCUACCGUUGCAAGAAGCCGGCAUGGAGAAUCACCGAACGCUAUCGCACCUACCCCAGAGCCCGCCGCUGAAAAGCGCACCGAAGUGUAGACUGAUCGUUAGUUGGUGGGAAAGAGAAGUUCACAUCUGGAGGUUGAGGAAACCACUGCGGGAUCUGGUAGAUGCGCCAGACGGAGAAUCUGCUAUCGAAAAGAAUCGGAAGCUGCUAGCUCGGAUACUCAUAAAAGGAGAAGCCAACAUAACAUCGGCGGCGAUUAGUUAUGACGGUUCACUACUUGUGGUGUCAACGACUUCUGAUAUUAAAGCAUUUUAUCUGAAACCUCGGAGCGAACCGAAAAGGGACGAACUCAAGAUCUCCAAAGUCGAGCUACAAGAGGAAGUGUCCAAGCAAGGCGCGACACAAGUCCAGGUCUCACCAGACGGACGAUGGCUUUGUGCUGUCCAAGGCGGAAGCAAAGUUAUUCUUGUACAGAUAUCACACGACUCUGCCUCAGAUGGAAAGCCAGUGCUUCACCCUAAAGCAAUCCGAUUACAGCGUAUCGAGCGAAAGAUACAAAAGCAUGUCACACUAGGCGGCCUAGGAAGAUACGAUAGAACGAUCACCCAUAUCGCAUUCUCUCCGGAUAGCAAAAUGUUAGCAGUAGCAGACUUAGCUGGCUAUAUCGAUACCUGGAUGUUAGGUAUAGUGCGGCCGAAGCUGCAAAAUGGCAUGAACGGAACUCAUGACGACGCAUCAUCUGGUAGUGAAGAUGACGAAAGUGAGGCCGACGCAGAAGGCUUACGAUGGGCUCGCAAUCCGAAUGGGUCUCUUAUCCCUAAACUUCAAGCCUCUCCUACCGUCUUAUCCUUUUCCAAUCACAUACCAACAUCACAACCGUCUCUAGCGAACGACGACGAAACCGUGGAUGAUUAUACUCUUCUUACUAUCACUGCCAGACCCCAGGUCCUGGUUAUCAACCCUACCCUAGGCUCCUUGACAUCCUGGUCCAGAAGGAACCAGAUCGCUCGAUUCCCGGUAGAAUUCCGGAACAUCCGCGACCUCGUGAAAGGGGCUCUCUGGUCAGGAGAUAGAGUCUGGCUCUACGGAAACACAUUCCUCUUCAUGUUAGAUCUAUCACAGGAUUUAACAGGACAGACCGACCCAGAGGAAGCGUCUUACGGAGAGCUUGUAAAGCAGGGAAUUAAACGAAAGAGAGGCCUCGAUAGCGGCGCCGGCAGUAAGAUGGGAAUCGGAGCCGCAGGACCCACGAAGGUAAUUCGCCAAGCAACGGGAGAAUUUGCCGAAGAAAUUCCCAUUGAUAGUCACGUAUCCGAUCUUAUGGAUGAGGACGAGACGAGUCAACAGGCAGACGAGAGUGAAAGCGACGAUUCAGACGAUGGGAAUUUAGGCGAGUUAGCGUUACUUCGAGGUGCUCAGGGCAAAUCGGCCCUCGAGGCCGAAUCAAGAAAAGGUUUGGCAUUUUGGCACACGUACAAAUACCGACCCAUCCUAGGUAUCGUACCACUUAGCGACGAACAAGAGACAUCAAUGAACGAGACAGCCGAUCCAGUCGCACACGAAGGACUACGAAAGACUCUUGAGGUGGCUCUAGUGGAGAGGCCAUUGUGGGAUAUCGACAUGCCCGAUAGGUACUUUGGAGAUGGAGAAUGGGAGAAGUAG